GGGAAAGCACGCAACCAAACUGAACGCCAGCGCUUUCAACAGUUAGAGUUGGUCGUUCUUGCGUGGCUUUGACUCCCCAACGAGAUAUGUAAGAAAUUUUGUAUGAAACGAAAACGAGAUUUGGGCUGGACAGAAUCUAUCAAAGAAGUCGCCCUUCUUCCUUUCGUUUGUGCAUCUUUCUCUUUCUCCCAUGCAUCCUUUCUGUUUGUUGGUCAACAACCAAUCACAACUCAAUAGAAUGAAUUCUUCAAGACUCCUACAUGACAUGAAGGGACUCUCUUUCUGUCCGGAGGGAAUCAUUGUUUCUCAAUCAAUCAUGCCUCAACUGGAUAAAUUCACUUAUUUCACACAAUUUUUCUGGUCAUGCCUUUUCCUCUUUACUUUAUGUAUUCCCAUAUGCAAUGAUGGAGAUGGAGUACUUGGGAUCCGCAGAAUUCUAAAACUACGGAACCAACUGGUUUCAAACUGGGGGAACAAAAUCCGGAGCAACGACCCCAACAGUUUGGAAGAUAUCUUUAGAAAAGGUUUUAGCACCGGUUUAUCCUAUAUGUACUCUAGUUUAUUCGAAGUAUCCCAAUGGUGUAACGCCGUCGACUUAUUGGGAAAAAGGAGGAAAAUAAUUUCUCUCUCUUGUUUCGGAGAAAUAAAUGGGUCACGAGGAAUGGGAAGAAACAUCUUAUAUUUUAUCUCGAAGUCCUCAUAUGGCGCUUCUUCUUCAAAUCCUGGAUGGGUGAUCACUUGUAGGAAUGACAUAAUGCUAAUCCAUGUUCCACACGACCAAGGAAGAAUCAAAAAAUAAGAAUGGUAUUGCUUCUUUUAUAAUAGCGUUCGUUCAUAAAUUAACUCGACCACUUGUUAGUCUUGCUACACGACACGAGUCUAGGGUGAAGUUGAAGCAGACACGGUCAAGUAAAGUCGACUUCACAAGUGAUUCAACAUACCAUAUAUAUGGAUGGAAAUAAAAAAGGAGAGAAGGGUCUCGCCCAGAUGGCUCCCGCAAGGUAACGACUUCAAACUCAAACAAAGAACGUUCUUAUCCAAGGAUGAGUCAAAGAAAAUGUUGUAUGUAUUGCAAGACCCGUCGAUAAGCUAAGGCUACGACAUGAAGGAAGGCCAGAACAGAAGAACUACAGAACCACGCCCACCAGAGCUAAAUGAGACCGAAGGGACUUACGGGAGGUGAAGGUCGCUGGCUUGCCCGUGGGCUGUGGCAUCUGAUGGGACAUUGGCCUCCCUCCCGCUACGGCUCGUUGUACGUUCCUUUAGCUAUAGGCGUGUCCAAUCCGAGAAUAGUCCGUUCCACAUAGUGCAAGGAAGCUCGGUGGGGUUUCAUACGAGGGUCCUGCUGUGCCAUCGUCCAACCAGUACAGUAUGACAUUUCAAAUCGCCCCGCGAAGCUUUCGGGAAGAGGGGUAGUCUUGCGUUCAGAAAGAAAGGUUAUCGAGAUCAUUAAUCGCUCUUUUUAGUGGGGAGGAAUAGUGCAGGAAGGGAGCGAGACCAAGCCGAGCCACUAGGAGAGUCAGCCCUUCCCACGUGUCAAGUUGAAUAAAUGAAUGCAGCCUCCACCAGAGAGAUCAACCUGCGCCGCCGGCGGCGCAGAACGCACUAAUCCGCGACUAGCAAGUUUUCCGAAACCAAACUGAGUAGAAUUGUUACUUUCAAAAAAUGCUUG